AUGACUUAUAAGUUCCGACUUCCACUUAAAGGAUUUUACACAUUCAAACUUUUUGGCCAAACUCAUGUACCAAAUCAGUCGUCAUCGACCUACCCUGUAAUUGGGUCAUGGAUGCUAGAAUGCAAAUCGGAGUGGAAGGGUGAGCUGUACCCAGACUCAAAAACCACGUACGGACCUGUUGAUGUGUUUCACAGUUCUGGUCUCUCGCUGAAGGGCGGAAAUUCCUCUCAUAUUAUAGCCGAAGACGGCACAUGCUGUGUUGUUAUAACCAAACCUUCCGAUGUCGAACUGAUACAUGAUUUGAAACGGGAUGACGUCAAGCAAAGAAAAUGCUCAUUUGAAGAUCACAGAAACGAUGGAACAGAGUCAUACUUUUUGCUCAGAUUGCCAGAACGUGGAUAUUAUCAAUUAAACCUUUUUGCCAAAAAAGGCAAACACGGAAGUAAUUACCCUUAUGCCGGAACGUGGUUGAUAGAAAGCAAGUCACCGUGGCAAGGCGAGUUGUACCCGCUGCAGGACAUGGCUUGGGGAGUCGAUGACGAGUUUACCAAUCUUGGAUUGCAGUUGGAAGGCCACAAUUCAUCAAGAAUCGUAGCGAUUGACGGAAAGUGCGUUCUCGCUUUCAAAACGCCCAGUCCAAUCAGCACCAAGUUUCAGUUGUAUAGCGAUGAAAGAAGAAUUCAUGAGAAGAAAACAGACGAGUACAUUGAAGUGACAUCAGAUAUUAAAAUGAUAUGCUUUAGUAUGGAGUUACCAGACCCGGGGUUUUACAAAUUCGAGUUGUACGGUAAUCUGAAGGAGAAGGAAAAUCUGCCUUAUUUAGGGUGCUGGCUAAUUGAGUAUGAAAGAUAG